ACGCACGCACUGAGGCACGACGCACCCAACGGCAUUGGGAGGAUCCAGCGACUCCCGAGUCCCGACGCAGCGCCGCCGCCCGCUCGUCCUUCCCACGGCCACCCAGUCGCUCACUCCGCCGGACCCUCCGCCCGCUGAUCCUCAGUCCACCACUGCAGCGCCGCUCCUUUCGGUCUAGUGGAGCGGAGCGGAGAUCCGGCGCGACGUGGAUCGUUUUCUUCUCUCGUUGUUGAUACAGGAAAUUUACUUUUAUCUCCAUUCCACCUUCUUUUGUGACUAUGGCGCUAGCUGCAAUCUACAGCCUUUUCAUCAUUAACAAGUCUGGUGGCCUUAUAUACUACAAGGACUAUGGUUCAGCAGGGAGGAUGGACACCAAUGACAGUCUACGCUUGGCAAGUCUCUGGCAUUCAAUGAACGCUAUUGCCCAGCAGCUUUCCCCUACCCCUGGCUGUACCGGCAUUGACCUCCUACAAGCCCACAACUUCGACCUCCAUUGCUUCCAAUCCCUUACAGGGACAAUUUUUUUUGUUGUAUGCGAAACUGGCGCUCCAAACAUGGAAAUUCUGCUGAAAGUGAUCUACGAGUUGUACACGGAUUUUGUUUUGAAGAACCCUUUCUAUGAGAUAGAGAUGCCAAUUCGUUGUGAGCUUUUCGAUCUCAACCUAGCUCAGGUGAUCCAGAAGGACCGUGUCGCACUUCUUGGUCGGUGAAACAUGAAAAUGUAUCUUAUAUAUUUUUUUGUCGAUCUCUAGACUACCUUUGGAUUUUCUCAGAUGGAAACCUGUUUGCUGUUGGUAUAUAAUCGAUAACUUAAAUGGUGUAUUGGUCAUAUGUAAUGCUUGAACGUGAUGCUGAAUUAUAGCGUUCUGCAUACAGAAACAGUGAGGAACUUAAAUUGCAUGUUUUGCCUGUGA